UCCAUGAGAGAACAGAACAAGCUACAGCUUUAUCUACAUUUUCACGAGACGUACUCUGCCUUAUUAAGUGAUAAAAGCUAGAGAAAAUGGAAAACAAAAAUACUAGCACUCUUAAUGAACAGAAACCAGAAUCCGCCAAAGAGGAUUCACUCCUCCCCAUCGCUGAGAAGGGACUUUUCUUCCAUGAUUCCUUCUUCGAGGAUAUUCGGAAGCACUUUGAGACAGCCAUCGACCAAAUCUUGGAUACGUGGGGAGAAGGCAAAUCCGUGAGUGAUCUGAUGAGUAGCUACAGACGUGUAAGAGAGCGCAAUUUGCAGCAAGAGAACCAAGUCAUGGCCUUCAGCGAAGACGACCAGAAUCACAAGGUUGUACUGGAUGUUCAUGACUUCAAGAGUGGAGACGUUAAGGUUAGAGUGGAAGAGAAUCAGGUGGUGGUGGAAGGUCGAGUGGAAAAGGAAGAGGACGAGUCCAUGAAAAGCUUCUAUCGACGUUUCAACUUCCCAGGCAAAGUGAACAUGGAGGCCGUGGCUUCCGCAAUGUCUUCCGAUGGCGUCUUGACUAUCACGGCUCCGAAGAUUCCACAGGCAGCAUAG